AUCUGUCUCCCUCUCCUGUUGUGAUGGCUCUUCACAAAAAGGGUGUGGGGGGGUGUUGUUUAUUAGUCAGCUGUUAUCACCACCCUUCCAUGCAAGGAAGGGUGACUUGUCUUGUUUCUCAUCGGUUCGACAGUGUGCCCCUCCAUCCUUCACAAGGAACCACAGGUUCACUAUUGCAAUGUAAAAGCUUGACACCAGGCUUCCACCCCUCGUAGUGUUUGUGGAAAGCUGAGGGAGAGUGACAGGAUACCAGCAGGGUUGUAGGAGGAUUAGAAGGGUAGGUUCAGAGUUCAGGAGAUAGAUUAAGUUUUUGUAAAACUGGUCCAACACUCCUGGCUAGCCAUCAAACUCGCUGCUUUCCUAUUUUUGCUUCAGAAAGAAGAACAAUUCAACUUGAUUAUGUUCUCCUGUUAAUGUUUUGAUGCAGACGUGUCCUCCUCCUGCUCUCCCUUCCCCCCCCUGCCCCUUUUACUUGCCACCCAUCAGGCCUAAAAUGGUCGAUGUUGUGUCACCACACACAAUGCCAUCAGAAACCGAAGUUCACGUGGCGAGGAGCUUUCUCACCAAGAUUUUGCGAAGCUCUAUGAGGUACCAUCAGCUGGCCACCUUCCUGUUGUGAUUGCUGGUAGUUUGUGGUGAACCUAAGUCAUCUGUUGUGUUUUGUUCAUUAGGAUUCCUUUGUGUUCAUUGCCCUCAGUAUAGUGCUAGUCCAAACCAUAUACUCUUUAGUUGUAAUUUGCCCCUUUGUGUUAGUCAAUUUUUUGUUUUAAUGUUGUUUUCAGUCCUGUGAUGUUCAGCUCUCUCAUGUGGUAUUAUUUGGUUUAUGUCACAUUUACAUGAUUUGGUAAAAAAAUGUUUUGUAAUUAUUUUCCCUCUCAUGCUCUCAGGAAGAACCGCUUCAAAGGAAAGAAUGAUCCAGGCUCGCGGCCCCAUUCCUGGCACUCCUCCAAGCUGACAGAAGAGGAGAUAGAGCCCGCUGGGAGAGACGUCACCCCAGCACCAGUCUGGCAGCCAAAACAUGAAGCAAGGUCCAAAGAGCUGUCCACUCAAGGGGAACAGAGCACUCUGCGUCAGCUAACCAGUCAACUCAGCUCAGUGAACAACAUGGAGAGUCUGGACCGUCCCUCUCACCCCUACCCACCAGGUCGUCUAUCCCCGACCACAUACAUCAGCAGUGCUGAGCCUCUCAGUGGACCAGCAGGCAAAAGAGACUCUAGGUUCAGUUGUUUCUCAAACAGCUCUAGCCCUCCUGUUCAUGACCAGAGCACAUCUGUUAGGAAGGGUACCAGCACUGAAAACAUUUUCUUCAAGGGCCUUCAGAGCGAAGGGCUCACACAGGCUGGGCGGCCCAGGUACCUCCAGCCGACACUAGGAAACGGAGGCUGGGAGGGGUCACGGGCCGAGGAGCAGCCUGCCUCUCGGGUUUCCAUGGCAGGGAGACCCAGCAUAGGCCCAGUGUGGCAGGUGCCAGACAAGAAAUCCCAGUCCCCCCCUCCCCCGCCUCCUCCCCUGCGCAGUGACAGUUUUGCUGCCACUAAAGUGUUCCCUUAUGAUGAAGGGCCAAGUGGUCCAACAAAGACCCAUGGCAGAUCAAUAGAAAAACUGAUUGAAAAUAACAACCAGAAUGGCCUCAGAUCACACCAGGAGAAAAGCUCAGAGGCCAGACCUGGCUUCAACCCCCUGCACGCCAAAGACUUCCUCCAUCCCAGCACAGCAGCUGACCACAAUCACAACCAGCUGCGCCCCAAAAAACUCUUCUCCUUGUCCAGCAAUGAUGUCAGACAGUCUCAUUACACCCAGGUACCUGCCCACCAGAGGCAAUACAGUGAUGAAAGCCCCUUUUACCUGCAGACUAGGUCAGCUCCUACCACCAAGACUCAGAGUGUGGGAAGCUACUAUCGUAGCCUCCAGGAUUUGCCCGCAAAUAUCUUCAGUCGCAAACAGGUCCGGCACUCCACAGCAACCAUGCCUGCAAACCCAAACCUGGAGUGUUGGGGGCACAGCAGAUACUAUGGCCCAGCAAGCAAGCAUUUGUUUCAGACUGCUGAGCACCAUGCCAGGCAGGGCAAAGCAGAGGGCCGGAGGGGGGAGAAAGAGAAACACCACUGGGUAAACAGCAAUGAACCAGGCUUCCCAGGUUCCUUGAAGGGGAACGUUAAGGCAAGGUACUCUCUCCCUCAGUCCCAGAUGCCUUACAGCGAAAAUAAUGGCCAUUCCCAUCUUGGGAACGGUCUUCAUUAUGACCAUCAAACCUCAGAACAUUCUAAUCGAAGUCGCAGCCCAGAGGAUGCUACAAGGAGAGGUGAAGGAAACGAUAUUGACAUGAAAAGACAAUUUCCAACACAUCCAAGUAAUGAUCAAAUGGUCAGUCUUUCAAGGCAGCAUGACCUGUGGGUACCUCAAGAAGACCACCGAAUAUCCCCCCUGAAAACCCCACUACUCCACUCCCUGGCCAAGGAGAGCAGGAGUCUGGCUGAGCAACCAGCAGCGAUGACCUUGGGUGUCAUGCCCACCCAGGAUACUGGUGACAACAUGGCCACCAGCAGUGGAAAAAUGAAUCGUCGCAGCGACCGUUAUGCCACAACCCUCCGCAAAGAGAUCCAGCAGAAACGCGCUCAGCUGCAAAAGAGUCGCAGUGCUGCAACACUGACUUGUGAUGCAGAGGAUGAGGAGGUAGAGGAGUGGAGAUCCACAGAGACUUCUACACCUUCUGGUGUCUCAUUUUCCAACACCUACAAGGACCACCUGAAAGAGGCACAGGCCAGGGUUCUCCAGGCCACCUCCUUUCAGAGGCGUGACCUGGAGCCCCUUGGACCAGAAGUGCAGGUAGUUAAAACCUCUAAUGGACGCAUUAGAGGACGUAAACGCUUCCCCUUGGCAAAGAGGACACACUCCUUCUCAGAGCCUGACAAGAUAGACAAAGUAGGAGUGGAGGUAGGGCCUCAAACCGGGUCCUUCGGAGCGCGGAGGAGGUUCUUUGAGGCCAAACCUGCAUUCUCCAGACCUGUGCUGAGGUCAAGUCACGGUACAAACUUGAACAUAGACCUUGAUGAGAUACGGAAACUCAAAGAGAACACGCCCACUGGAGAGCCUGGGGAGCCUCACUCAUCCACAGACCCCGACCUCCUCAGCCCUGGACAUAGGCAGACCUUACUAGAGCAGCAGAGGCUUGGGACCUUCGCUGAGUACCAGGCCACAUGGAACAAGCAGAAGAAGUUGCCAGAGGCAAAGACGCAAGGGAGGUAUCACUCUGCAGAGAAUAUCUUAGAUGCAGAUGCUGAGGAGAAAGUAAUCUGCACCCACGAGAGAUCCAGAUCUUCCCCCUCUGCAGAUUUCUAUACACAGAAUAUUCCCUCAUCAUGGAGAGACCCUCAAGCUCAGCAGAGCAGCUACACCACCGGAGAAAAGGCAGAGAACAGACUGCAAUACCAACCUGACCACAGCCCACAGUCGGCCCCCUCAGUGCCCAGAAAGGAGGGCCCAGCACUAGGCCUCUCUGACCACAGGAGCAAGCCAAAUGCUGCCAAUCCCUCCCAAACCACACUCUCCUCGGGCCCUCGCAGCCUCAGCCCCAACCCUGGCUCCCAGCACCCAGCCCAGCCUGCACAAACCAAGGGCCUCCUGCCGCCGCCCAGGCCCCAUUUAGGCCCAGAAACCACAUCUUCCUCCCAGGAAUUCCAGGCUGGCUCCCAGGCGAACCCGGCCACGCUCCAGCCUCUGUCCAGCUGCAGCUCCGACACCCAGCACCAUGCCACUACCCAGGGCUCCUCUGCCGGACCCGCCACGGCCAGCUCCCCUCACCUCAGCUGGACAUCCGUACCAGACAUGAGCGAGGGAGAUGUGCAGACUGAGCAGGAGAAGGAGCAGCUGCCGCCUCCUUCUUCCCCAUUCUCCUCCUGGACGGCCGCUCUGCCUCUCCCCACGGCGGAUCGAGCGCGGUCUCCGUCGCCACAGUUUGCACCGCUGAGACUGACCGACAAGCCGCCGACCGCAUCCCUGCAGGAUGACUCAACGCUCAGGUCGGAAAAUGAGCUGAAGCCCACAGAAGAGAUGGACGCGAACAGUCCGGCGAGGAGAGUCCCAGUGAGGAUCAUCCACGCGGAGAGCAGCUCGGAUCGCGAGGGACGCGCCUACCUGCCUCAGACCAGCGACCCCUGCGGCAGCUUCGAGCCGUCGCCCCACAUCCCCUGCCUGGGCGCCACGGAGCACCAGGCGUCGUCCCUGUUCAGUGCCUACACCCGCCAGGGUGUAGCUUGGGACCAGGGUCAGGAGUCAGUCCCCGAGUUGAGCUCGGCAGGUGCCCAGCGCUCAGAGGAAGAUGCCAAGCGAGACGAACUGGCCAGGGACAUCAUGGGUAAAGACAAGUCCCUGGUGGACAUCCUUGACCAGAGCGGCAGGAAGACCACCAUGGACCUCAUGGAGGGACUCUUCCCCCCGGAGGAGCAGAUUCUGGAGGGAGUCCACCAGCGACGGAUGGCUUCCACCGGCUCCAGGCUGCCAACCUCAUCCCCCAGGAGUACAGACAGGAGGGGAGACGAGGACGAUGUGGCUGUAUCCGCAGCAGCCUCCCUGGUCCCCAGCUCCUCCUACUACAACACGUCAGCUCCCAAAGCCGAGCUCCUCAUCAAGAUGAAGGACAUGCAGGGACAGAUGGAGGAACAGGACUCUGAGGACGAGCUGGACAUUGACCUGGCCAGUAAAAAGCAAGAGCUGAUCUCCAGUCUGGCGAGGAAGCUGGAGGUGUUGCGGGAGGCCCGGCAGAGCCUGCAGGAGGACGUGGAGGACAACGAGACUCUGGGUCGCGAGGUGGAGGCCACCGUGCAGCGGCUCUGUCAGCCCAACCAGCUCGACAAAUUCCGCAUGUUCGUCGGCGACCUGGACAAAGUGGUGAGCCUGCUGCUGUCGCUAUCGGGGCGGCUCGCCCGGGUGGAAAACGCCCUCAACACCCUGGAGGAAGACGCUUCGCCAGAGGAGAAGCGCACCCUGACGGAGAAGCGCAAGCUGCUGAUGCGGCAGCAUGAAGACGCCAAGGAGCUGAAGGAGAACCUGGACCGCCGGGAGCGGCUGGUUUCCGGGAUCAUGGGGGCCCACCUGGACGCGGCGAGCCUGGACGACUACCGGCACUUCGUCAAGAUGAAGUCGGCUCUCAUCAUCGAGCAGCGCAAGCUGGAGGACAAGAUCAAGCUCGGCGAGGAGCAGCUGAAGGGCCUGCUGGACAGUCUGCCACUGGAGCAGAGGUCGCUGCUCUGAUUCCUUUCAGAAAUCUGGUUCUGCAGGAGAAAUACUGGAUCAGAAUAACCGCAGAUGAAGGUGCAACAUGUGGCAUUUUUUGGGAUAUUGAUGUCAUUCUUAAAUCGUGUCCAACGUCAUGGCUGAGACAGAUUUGAAGCCUCCGUUUCACGCCAGUGGGUUUUGUUAUUGUUCCUCAGAAGAAACACAAUCGUAACAGUUCCUAUGUAGUUCCUUUUCCACCAAAUUGUUCUAGGAACUAAGGAGCCCCAGGAGUUAAGAUCAGACAAGUAAUGAUUUUUUUAAUACAUAACAAUUAGACCAGAACACAGAGACAAUGCCAUCAUUUGUAAUAAACUGAUUCACGACUGACUACUUUAGGGUUGGAAACUGCAUGGCUGAAAUUGGCACACAAUUUUUUUUCACUCCCGUCCCUAUAUUUCCUGGAUCUAGAUAUGAUCUUAAAGAUUGAGCUCAAUUCUUUAUGGAAGAGAUUUAAUUUAAUGUAAUUUAUGUGUUUUCAUUUUAAGCGAUGCAGCAGAGGUCCCAAAAAUUUCACAGACACUUUUACAGUCUACACACAGUGAUGAUGGCUUUGUUAUUUGUAUUUAUUUAUUUUUGUAAAGUUUUUUUUAUGAUAAUCUGGUAUUUUGGAUACAAAAGAGAAACGCUCCAUCAAAGCUACACAAUAUAAACGUGUUCCAUUUUAGGAGCAUCUCACUUUAAUUUUAAUCGGUUGUUUUUGCACCUAAACGCCCCCAAGAGACCAACAUCCGAACAUACAAACACACCAGAUUACUGUACGUUCUCAAUCAAUACUUAAUCAAAUAUCAAUUUGGUUGUUUUUUCAUCCUAGAGUGUUUCCCGCCUCACUUUAAUAUUCCUCUUUCUUGACUUGUAUUUAUCGCCAUGCAUUUGUAAUUCAUUAUCAUCGCAUGUGUAUUUUAAGUUUUAAAUUAAUAUUUUAUAGUAAUUUAUUGUAGUCCAUUUGAAACCGUGUAUGGAGUAAGGGGAACUGUUUCCCCGGUAAUUUUAUUUCACUCAUGACGUACUUUUUGUUUUCUAAUGAAGGUAAAUGAAGAGUUUGAUUCCAGAAUCCCAUAAAUCCGUUUUAGUUUACAAUCCGUUUUUUCUAAAGUGUAAUCAUCUCGAAGUUUUCUUUCCCAUUUUUACAACAAAACGGUCUCUUCUGUAUUAUUCUUAUAGAAUAGCUGUCACCGUAUGACGCAUAUCUCAUUUUGGAGUGGAACUCUUUCAUUGAAGCUAGAAUAAAAAGGGUGAAUCUGGUGACUGGAAUAGACGAUGCUGACAGGUUCCAGCAAUACAGAUGUUGCUCUGACUUCCUGUGAUAUAAUAACCUUCACGUUUUCGUUACCUCAUAAGUUUUAAUUAUAUCUGAAAAAACCUUUCUGACCGAUGUACAUUUUUUACUUUGAAAGAGCGAAGGGACCGAGGGGCAGCCGGUGUUUUCUAUGGAGGUAAAUCAAAGAGUUAGCACUUUACUCUCUGGUUCUGAUCCUUUUAUGGAACUCUACAUAUUAAUGGGACUCUACAUAUAUAGCUAUAGUAUUUUAUAGUAUAUAUAUAUAUAUAUAUAUAUAUAUAUAUAUAUAUAUUUAAAAGAAGACGUGCCUACUGUAGCCUCUACGCUGUGUCUUCAUGGACUGAGGUGGGCGUGCCCCCGUUUACUGUGUGAAGCCCGCUCUUUUACGUAUGCAGUGUGCUCCUUCCACCUGCUUGAAAGCAAUAAAAUGAUCAAGCUGAAA